AGAUGGCUUUCACCUGCGGCGGCUUACACAGCGCAUCCGCCGCGACUUGGAGGGGCUGAUCUCCUCCACCUACUGGCAGUGCUGCCAGACCAACGAGCGCGCAGUCUUUUUCGUGACGACGAAGGUGGCAAACGGCACGGCAGAUCUUCUGACAACAUCGGUGAAUCAACAGGUGAUUGAACACACGGAGGCCAUGGGGUACUCUCUGGCUUCUUCAUACGUCACCCUCAGCCCCGAUGUCGUUCACACGAGUGUACGCAUGCUCGUUCAUAACUUCACGUUUCGGCGUGUGCGGCGAACAGCGUUAGAGGUGGGCGACGAAUUGGCAUUGUCAGGGGAGGGCGACGGGAAGGAGGAGGAGGUCAUUGAAACCCACGAGAACAUUCUCUCGAUGCGCGUCGGUCCACAGAAAAAAUCGCUCUAUGAGGAGCGUUACCUGCCACCGAACAGCACUAGGGCAUCCGACAUAUGGAGAGCGCAUUAA